AUGUUCAACAAACAGUUCCUCACUGCCGCAGCGGCGCUCGGCAUGGUCUCCGGUGCGUUCGGUGUAAGUUGUGAUGACCCUACCGCCACCAUCAACUCGCAAGCCGAUGCGACUCAAAUCGCCAGCUGCAGCAAAGUCGAUGGCGACGUUGUCAUCGGCACCAAUGCUGGCCCCGAUAUCGAUCUUGGUGGAAAGCUUACGGAGAUCGGUGGUGCUCUUCGCGCCGAACACAACGGCCUCCUCAACAGCCUUCAGAGCUCUUCUCUGGAGACCAUUGGUGGCUCUUUCUGGCUGCAAAACGUUACCAAGCUGUCCAGCCUCGUGUUCACUAGCCUCGGCGAAGUUGGCUCCAUUGAUUGGGCCACUUUGAAUGCCCUCCCGCAACCCACGUUCGGAAACCCCGGUAUUACCAAGGCCAAGAGUGUCACAAUUUCUGAUACCUUCAUCGAGAGCAUCGAUGGUAUCAAUGUUGAGUCCCUCUCCGACAUGAACAUUAACAACAACCGACGACUAGGCAAGUUCUCUACCAGCAUCAAGAGCUUGACGAACACCCUGUACGUCCAGGCUAAUGGUCUAAACCUGACCAUGGAAAUGCCUAACCUGGAAUGGAUCGCCAACAUGACUAUUGCCAACGUCACCUCUUUCUCCGUUCCCUCUCUGCACACUGUCAACGGCUCUAUGCGAUUCGACUCGAACUACUUCGAGAACUUCAUUGCCGCCAACUUGACUGAGAUCCAGGACGGUGAUUUGUCCUUUGUUAGCAACCCCGAACUCACCAAUAUCUCGAUCCCUGCCCUGGAACGUGUUGGAGGUGGUUUCACCAUUGCCAACAACACUGCUCUUGAGAAGAUCGACGGCUUUGCUGCUUUGAACGAAAUUGGUGGUGCCGUCAAGCUCCGUGGUUCUUUCACUGAGGUUGACCUUCCUAAGGUCAACGACGUGAAGGGAGCUUUCGAGGUUGUCAGUACCGAAGACAUCAGCAGCUCUUGCAGCUCCCUCGGCAGCUUCAAGGGUGGCGUCGUCCAAGGCCAGUACAGCUGCACAGGCAACGAUGCUAACGCCAACAACGACACCUCUGAUGCUUCCAAUGGCAGCUCCGGCAGCUCCGACGACAAGGAUGGCGCAGCCUCUCCUAUCCGUGCGAGCAUGUCUACCAUCGUCUCGCUAGCUGCUGUCGGUGCCUUCAUUACCGCUUUCUUGUAA